GCUUUCAUCGCUGAUUUCUCAGUGUCUGUAACGUUAAAUUUUCGUACGGAAACUGAUUUGUGUUGUGAAUUGUUUUACAACUUUUUAUUAUCCAACGUGCUUUGUAAAUUUUUAAUUAAACUCGGUGUAGCUUUCGCGAGUAGUUAACCGUAUUCGCGAUUCGAAAGUUUUUGAAUUUCGUUCGGUUUCGUUCGGUAUUACGAGUAUUGGUGUUUCUAUAAUAUACGUCGAGCAGAAGAGAUAUUCGUCUGAUAAACUCGUACUUCCAAGGGUUCUAUGUACAUUUAAUGGUUGUGAAUGUCGUACGCAGACGUAUGUAUUUGCUGCUGGUGAAUUACGUUUUGAAAUAGAGCCAAUAGAAUGGGAAAGCAGAAUAGUAAACUGAAGCCGGAAGUAUUAGAAGAUUUAAAAGCAAAUACCGAGUUUACAGAUGCAGAGAUACAAGACUGGUACAGAGGGUUUCUAAAAGAUUGUCCCAGCGGUCACCUGAGCGUUGACGAGUUCAAAAAAAUAUACGGAAAUUUUUUUCCAUACGGCGAUGCAUCUAAAUUCGCAGAACACGUGUUCAGAACAUUCGACGCUAACGGAGACGGUACGAUAGAUUUCAGAGAAUUCUUAUGCGCUCUGUCAGUUACCUCGAGAGGAAAACUCGAACAAAAAUUAAAAUGGGCUUUUAGCAUGUACGAUCUAGACGGUAACGGUUACAUAUCCAGGCAAGAGAUGUUGGAAAUCGUUACGGCGAUUUACAAAAUGGUCGGCUCGGUGAUGAAGAUGCCCGAAGACGAAUCCACGCCGGAGAAACGAACCGAUAAAAUAUUCCGUCAAAUGGAUAAAAAUCAAGACGGCAAAUUAUCUCUGGAAGAAUUCAUCGAAGGAGCUAAAAGCGACCCGUCCAUCGUACGGCUGCUGCAAUGCGAUCCGCAAGCUCAGUGAACGCAUCAACAACAACAUCAACAGCAACAACAGCAACAGCAACAACAACAUGAGAGAAAUUUCUAUAAAAAUUCAGUAUUCGCAAUUAAUUUUACCAUAUAUAGUGUAAUUUUAAACUUUUUUUUUGUCUUUUUAUUUCUAAUUUGAAUUUUUUUUUUUUGGUAAUUUUUAAAUCACACGGGUUCUCAGAUUUUACGUACCCCAUGGGCUCGCGUACAAUCGCCUACACAGUGGUUCGAAAAAUUGUGAUAAAAAGUCUGCGAAUUCGUGGCUCCAUUUUUUUUUUCUUUUUAAUGUUUUAUUUAGUACACGAGUACAAAUUAUAUUUUUAAAUCGAGGAAAAAUUUUGUUUUUCCAGCACAAGUAUUCUUUAAUAUUUUUCCCUCUUUUUUUCUUUUUUUCUCUUCUUUUUUUUUCGUCGAGGAAUUUUUUUUCCUCGUUUUUUAAUAUUCUUAUUCGCGCUCGCGCCUGUAAAUUGAGUAAAGUAUCGCUUUCUUUUCUUGGUUUUUUUUUUAUUUUAAUCAUCACGUUUUUUAAUUCCAUCCUCUUUAUUAUUUUUUUUUAUAUAGCAUUUGUUUGAUGGUGUUUCAUUUCUCCUUCUUCCGUGUUUUUUUUUGUUUUUUUUUUUUUAUCUGUCAUGUUCUGUUGAACAAUAAUUUUAAUUUUCCUAAGACGUCGAUGACGAAAAACGUCAAGUUGUAAAACAGAAGAAAAAAAAGCACAAAUAAUUCUUCCUCUUGUUUCGUCUUCUUUUUUUUUCCUCUUCUUAUUUUUUUUUCCUUUCGCGUUGAAUUAGCAGGUUUUUUUUAUUAUUUAAGAAUGAUCUCAUUUGAAAAUUUAAAAAAAAAAGUAAAUACAUAAUUAGGAAUUUAUUAUCUAUCCAAAUAUGUAGGGAAAUGACAAUUUAUUAUUAUAUUGUAGUUACGACGAUGAUGAUGAUUAUUAAUAGGUUUUCGAAGAGUUGAUGUUCGAGUGUGAAUGAAAAUGAAUAAAAAAUUGCAAAUACAAGCCUCCUUCUCCUCCUCCGUUUAAUAAUAAUGUACUUAAGAUUAUAUAAGAGAAAGAUGAAAUUUUGUCGCAUAGUUUAAUUUGAAAAAAUAUAUAUUGUUAUUUAUUCGUGUAAAAAUUGGCUGUGCCUUCAUUAACAAAUUUAUUGUUAAGUUAUCAAGUUAAAUAAGAGAAAAAAAAAUACGGGUAUAUUGGCAACCGGUUUUAUGCAUAAUUUUACUACUAUCUCUCUAUUUUUCUCUGUCUCUUUAUUGUUUUCGGUCUGUCUCUCUUUUUUUUUUUGUAAUUUUAAUUCUCUGUUUUUUUUUUUGUUUGAAUUACAUCGACACCAAAAUCAGCAUACCUGAUAAAUAAAAUCAAAAUGAGAAUUUUUUUUUUUGGUUCACUCGGUAUAAUAGUUUCGAUAAUUAAUUUUUACCCCUUCGCUUAUGAGCUUGUUCACUGAUAAGCAAUUGUUUAUUUUACAUUAUGUACCUAAAGUAUGUUCACACUGGUUUAAUUAUUGUAUUUUGUAAAUUCGAAUUCGUUAUUGUGUUUCUGUUCUGUUAUAUCCGCGAACAGAAAGAUGAUGAUGGAUUUUUUUUAUUUUAUUUUUUUUUUGUUGAAUUAAAUGGUGCGGAUUUGAGUUUUUUAAAAAAAAAGAGCGAAGGUUGCCAAUUCUGAUGUAUUGUUUUUAGAUGAUAAUGGAAGAGAGAGUACGUUUAACAAAAUUCGCAUAUUGAAAAUUUAUUCUUUAACUUUUUUUUAUUAUCUGUUGUAAAAAUUAUUGUUUAUAUAUUCAUGUUCGUGAAAUAUUUUACAUUUCAUUCUAUUAUAUUUCAGUUUAAAUUCUUGUUCUUAUUUUAAUUGUUUUAUUUUGAAGAUUUAAUAAAAUUUAUUUUAUUUCA